CCGGAACCAUUUGUAUCGCUUCUGUAUGUUCCUUCCGGACUGAUAACAGUGUGAAACCACCGAGAUGGCGCGAGCGUCCAAGUCAGCUGUGGUGCUUUGCAUGAAUGUGGGCUUCUCUAUGAGUAACUCAUCCCUUGGUGAGGAAGCCCCAUUCCAUCAAGCUAAGAAGCUCGUUCAGAAAUUCAUCCAGCGCCAGGUCUUUGCUGAAAGCAAAAAUGAGUUGGGAAUUGUGCUUUUCGGGACAGAAGACACCAAGAAUCCACUUGCUCAAGAUGACCAAUACCAGAACAUCUGCAUAUACCGACAUCUGAUGAUGGCUGACUUUGAGCUGCUGGAGGAUAUUGAGCAUAACCUUCAGCCUGGUGGUCAGAAUGCUGACUGGCUUGAUGCUCUCGUUGUAUGCAUGGAUCUUCUCCAAAAGGAAACCAUGGGGAAAAAGUAUGAAAGGCUGAAUAUCGUCGUGCUCACCGACCUCAGCACAUCAGCCUGUGCAGAUCAGCUAGACACCAUCAUUGGCAACUUAAAGCGUGCUGGCAUCACCUUGCAGUUCUUCCUGCCGUUCCCUGUGGAUGCAGAUGAAGUGGGUGCUGGAGAUGCAGACAGACCAGAUAUGAGGCGUCCACCCCAAAGUGGAAAAGGUCUGAGCAGGGAGCAGAAGCAGGGGCUGAAGAUGGUCAGGCAGGUCAUGGCUUCUCUGGAUGAAGAAGAUGGCCUAGACGAGGUUCACACUUUCAGUGAUGCUCUGGAGAAGCUGUCCAUCUUUAAGCAGAUUGAGAGACGACCGAUGGCUUGGCCCUGUCAGCUUACUAUCGGAAGCUCCCUAUCCAUCCGCAUCAUCGGAUACAAAGCUGUGUGUGAGGAGAAGAUUAAGAAGAACUGGGCUGUAGUAGAUGCUGAGAGUCACCAGAAAGAUGACGUAAAGAGAGACACAGUCUACUGCCUCAACGAUGACAAUGAGACUGAAGUGCAGAAAGAUGACGUCAUUCAGGGUUUCCGUUACGGGAGUGACAUUGUACCAUUCUCCAAAGUUGACCAAGAGCAAAUGAAGUACAAGUCAGAUGGAAAAUGCUUUGCUGUUCUUGGGUUCACCAAACAGGAGCUGGUUCAUCGGCAUCAGUUCAUGGGUCAGCAGGUUGUUAAGGUUUUUGCUGGCAAAGAUGAUGAGCAUGCAGCUGUUGCGCUCUCAGCUCUGAUUCACGCUCUGGACAGUCUAAAGAUGGUGGCUAUUGUUCGUUAUGUUUAUGACCGCCGCAGCAACCCACAAGUGGGUGCAGCUUUUCCUUGCGUCAAAGACAAAUACGAGUGCUUGGUAUACGUGCAGUUGCCAUACAUGGAGGACCUCCGGCAGUACAUGUUUCCUUCACUGGAGAACAAGAAGAAAUUAGUUCCAUCAGAGGCUCAGCUGUCAGCAGUGGACAAUCUCAUCAGCUCUAUGAUGCUGGUAGAGGAGGGUGAAGAUGGAGAGAUGGAGGACAUAUUCAAAGUCAACAAAAUCCCCAACCCACAGUUUCAGAGACUCUUCCAGUGCCUUCAGCAUCGCGGUUUGAACCCAGAUGCACCCCUGCCGCCUAUGGAGCCUUGGCUGAAGCGGAUGCUGGAUCGUCCCCAAGCCGUCUCUGCUCGCUGCCGGGCUCCUCUGCAGGAGAUGAAGAAACUUUUCACACUGAAGGAGGUGGUGCAAAAGAAGGGCCAGAAGACCAGUGCUGAUGUGUUUGGGAAAAGCACCGAGGAACCAGAUACUAAGAAGUUCAAAAUGGAUGAAGGGGAGAAGUUCAGCCUAGCAGAGACUUCUGAGGGAAACGUUACCUCUGUGGGCAGCGUGAACCCUGCGGAAAACUUCUGCACUUUAGUUCAAAAGAAGACCAUUCCCUUUGAUCAAGCAUGCAAGCAGCUCACCCACAGGAUGGAGCAGUUGCUGGGCAACAGGAGCACCGACUAUUACAUGAAGACCAUCGCAUGUAUCCAGGCCUUCAGAGAGCAGUCCAUUAAGGUAUCAAAUGCAAACCUCUUCAACAGCUACAUGCAGUCUCUGAAGAACAGCGUUUCAGACAAAAAUCUUCAGGUAUUCUGGGAUCUGCUCGUUGCAGAUUCUAUAAUGCUAAUCAGCAAGGAUGAGGUGGAUAGCAGCACAGUGUCCAAGCAAGAGGCUAACCAGUUUUUGACUUUUGAAGAAAAACAGGAAGUAGCGGCUGCUCCUUCUCACGAGGACGCAGGAGACGUGGAUGAUUUGCUGGACAUGAUGUGAACCUAGAAUGUCCAUCCAUGUUGCCUUGGGCUCCAGUUGAUGCUGAGGUCGCAGUAAUGUUUGCACUUUUUUGUAUUAACAAGACACAUGUACCAAAAUUAAAAGAUUGAAACAAAAA